AUGGAUACCCCAGUAAAUAGCACAAUCCCCGCAACCCCAAUCUCAACUAACAACCCCCAGAUCAGCCACGCAUCCAUCACACGCGAUCCCUCCCUGACCAGACGAACCUACGUAGUCUACCUCACAGUCCACCACCGAGGCGAGCUCUCCCUCGAUGAACACCGCCGCCGCCUCGGCUUCUCCGCCUACCACUGGGCAAUCCUUAUCACCCCAGCCAGCGGCGGACGAAGCUACGCCUUCGACACAACAAACGGCGCCACCACAGAACCCAGCUACCACGCCAACACCAACUCCGAGCACCAGUGGCGGUUUCGCUGGAAAGGCAAUGUGAGACCGGGCAAUAGCACGUCGCUGCUGAUCCGGAUGGCGAUUGGCGAGGUACACGAUGCGCCGCUGAGUAUUUGCACGCUGCUGCAAAGCAUCCAGCUUCCUAUUGCGAAUGCGUUGCCGCCGCAAAAUUGUGUGGAUUGGAUCAGGGCUGCGCUGCUUCGGCUCAGGCUGUGUGGGUAUGCAGCGAAGGUGACGGAUCUGGAAAUGCUUAUGUUUAGGGCGCUGGCGCAUGCGGAUUUGAGAAUGGAGGAUCCCGAGAAUGCGCCGUUUGUGCUUGACCAUUUGGGGAAUGAGCUGCUGCAGGGGGAUUUCGUGUGA